AUGCUCACUGGAGGUUCCACUACCAGUGAUAAUGGGUAUGAAACUGAGCUUUUGCUGACGGAAAUGGAUCUUAAUCAGAUCAAGAAAAGAACUGGCUUGGCGACUGAGAGAAAUAAUACCUACAUCAGUCUUGCUGCCGAAUUCAUCAGCGACAAUGCCGGGCAGCCUGUUACCCCAAUUGUGACGUCAAGAAGUCAAAAAGCUGAUGAAUAUGUUCCAGAUACUACUCAGCCAUUCUUAAGACAGUUUGUCCUGGACGUGAAUGAAGGAAAAUUGACACUCUCCUUCUCUGAAACUGUCAACAUAUCUACUAUAGACCCAACAGCCAUUACGCUACAGAACAUGGUUAAUGGUGCUGAAGCCUCAAGGGUGUACAAUCUAUCUGGUGGCGUUCCAGCUGAUGCUUUGUAUGAGUUUCAGUUUGAUCUCUACAUGACUGCAGAUGACUUGAAUGCUAUUAAGGCAUUUACUGACCUGGGUACUGGAACAUCGGACACCUACUUGGCUAUACAAGUGGGAGCCAUAGAAGACAUGAACAGCAACCCACUGAUUGAACGGUCAUCAUUUUCAGCCCUUGAAGCAUUCGAUCAUGAAUUGGACAUGACACCUCCAACUCUACGAAACUUUACCUUUGACCUGGAUGAAAGGGGCUCUACACCUUACUUUCUCUGA